AAGGGUUGGUGACAGCCAGAAGACCACAAGAAGGAACUGAGGAUUGGACUUAGAGAACACAGUAUUAAUGCAUCUUGGGGUCUUGUGAGAGCUCAACUAGGACUAACGGCAAGCUUCACAGCACAGUGGUUGCAGCAGCAUAAUGAUAUCACAAGUAAUGACCAAUGAGACUGUUACAGUGAUCACAACAAAUGGAGUCAGCUUCGCUCAAACAGACAAACCUCAACCUAUUUACAAGAUCCAAGAUGGCCUGAAGAAACACCUGAAGUCAGAAAUCAAAGUUAUUGCGGCGAUCCAGAUCCUGUGUGGGAUAAUGUUGUUGUUUCUGGGGAUCAUCUUGGCAUCUGCUCCCACUGCCCCACAUUUUACUCCAGUGUUUGCUUCCCUGCUAAAAUCUGCUUAUCCUUUUGUGGGAGCCUUGUGCUUUGUCCUCUCUGGAUCUCUGUCAGUCAUCACUGAGAAAAAGUCAACCAAGCCUUUGGUUCACAGUAGCCUGGCUGUAAGCAUCCUGAGUGUUCUUUCCACUGUAGUGGGCAUUACUAUCCUCUCUUUCAACCUGGCUGCCUUGGGUCCUGCAACAAAAGAGUGUGAAAUGAGCAAAGAGCUUAAGACAACUCCAUAUAGUUAUUAUGACUACCUUGACCUACCCAAAAGGGAAUGCCACAGUGCCAAAAUCACUCUGACUGGAGCCCUGUCUGUGAUGCUGAUCUGUACUGUGCUGGAGCUCAGCUUGGCUGUGCUCACUGCUCUGCUGUGGUGGAAACAGGCUCAUUCUGACUUCCCAGGGAGUGUGAUUUUCCUGUCUCGUGACUCAAGGAAUAAACCCAGCAUAUCCUCAAAGUCACUUUGUAACCACGAGUAUGAGGAACUAGCAACACCUUAAGAAUAAAAAGUAGAAAAUAUUCAAUAGAAGGCAGGUUUUAUGAUAAUAUAGAAAACUCAAACAUCACAAGAAAGCAAUACUUAAGUUCUCUAAAAUGUAGCCUGUUUAUAUGAUGAAUAUUAAAAAUGUUUUGAGCAUCUGUGUUUAGUGAUAUUCUCUUGAUUUGUGUGACCUUGGCUUCAGGAAAACUCAAACCUGAAAAUUGCUGUUUCCUAGACUAGUAAGAGUCAUUCAUAUGUCUUUGAAAACAAGGCAUUAUUUCAGGGGAUCAAGGAAAGUCAAGGGGGGAGUUACCAUUUUCUUUUAUCCUACAAUCAAAAGGUAGAGCUACCUAGUUAGUUGCUGGGUUGUGAAUCCCUACAGAUGACACUGACCUUUAAUAAUAUGCAUGUUAUUCAUUAGUGCAUGGAGAAAAGUCUCUUGUUAUAAAGCUUCAAGAAGUGAUGUCACUGGAUUCACAAUAAAGUCUUUUUGUGAUGGCA